CGACUGGUGUGCCACGCGGCAGACGCGGCUCGGCACGUUGGCGGUAGCUGCGAAGGCCCGAUUAGGAAUCAUUUUUAGAAUUCGUGCGAAGAGUCUCGUCGAUUGAUCGGCCGCUCUGCGUCGCGUUGCAGCGACACGGUUUAACAGGCUGCUGGACGUAAUAUGAAGUUUUGCUGUCCCCGCGCGAUGACGGACCCAGAGACGAAGGUGACGGCGAGCAAGGUAGUGCUGGACAGGUGCAGCAAUUGGGUGGAGUCGCAGAAGGACUGUCCCUAUUCCGAGGCGGAGAGCCUCAAGCGCAAGCUGGAGGAGCUCGAGUACGAUGACUGGUGCAACACGGACUCGGAGUUCGACUCCGUGUCGGAGUGCGGCGGGAAGAAGCACAAGGUGGGCACGCAGCUCAAGGACGAGGUGCUGAAUCUGCCCUGCGAGUGGAAGGAGUGCGCGUUUCGCAGCGGUCAAAUGGACGAGUUUUUGAGGCACGUCUCUAGUCACAUACCGAGCGUACAGAUAGGCACGAAGGACGACGGCGAGGUCUACGUUUGCCAGUGGAAGGACUGUCCGUACGACAGCGACGUGUCCGACGAUAUAAUACGGCACGUAAAUUAUCACGCCUACCACACCAAGCUCAAGUGUAUCGGAUCGAACGUCCGCGGGAGAACCAAGUUACCGAAAUGCCGCAGAGACCCGGAAUGGAAGAACAUCAUAGACUCCCCACCUCCGCACUUGUGCAGGUGGAACGAGUGCCUGAGGCUGUUCACGAAUUACCAAAUGUACUUGUAUCACAUUAUGAUACACAUGACGGAUUGUCCGCGCGGCAACAGAGUCAAGAACGGGGUCGAGUGCAAGUGGACCGGAUGCAGCGGCAAGUUUCCCAGCUUGUACAAGCUGCGGGAUCACGUCCGAUGCCACACCAAGGAGAAGAUAGUCGCCUGCCCGGACUGCGGCGUCACGUUCGCCUCGAAAGCGAAAUUCCACACGCAUUGCCAGCGGCAGAUUCCCCUGGAGGUGCAAGGAUUCCGUUGCUCACACUGUAACAAGUUUUAUCCGACCGAGGGCAUCUUGCGCGACCACAUGAGGGCCCACGUGUUCAAUUACAAGUGCUCCCUGUGCGACAUGAGCUGCGAGUCGCCGGCGAGCCUGGCGAAGCACGUGCGAUACCGUCACAUGCCGACCAGAACGUUUCCGUGUCAAUUGUGCUCGCACUCCGCCAAGUCGCAGCAGGAUCUCGAUUCCCACAUGACUGUCCACACCAAUGGACCGAACUUCUCUUGCCAAAUCGAGGGAUGCCUCUACACGUGCAAGGGAGCUUACAGCUUGGACAGGCACGUGGAACGAGUACACAGUCAAGCGGUGCGAUGGUACUGUUGCCACGAAUGCCCGAUCAAGUACCGAAAGAGUUACAGGCUGACGAAACAUCUCAUAGAAGCCCAUCAACUGCAACUGCCCAGCGGACACAAGCGCUUUCACUACACGCAGGACGAGGACGGGUGUUACAGGCUGCAGAUGGUUCGGUACGAGGCUGUGGACGAAGAGAACGUGUCGCCCGUCGUAGAGGCGGAUCUACCAAACAUAAAAUAUAAACUAGAGCUAAAUCAAACUACCUCGUUAACAGAAGUAAAAAUCGUUGAGGAUAACGCGGAGGAAGAGUCGGAAGCCGUACAGGACUCGCACGAGGAAACGGCCGAGGGCGGCGCUGACAAAUCCGUACCUGUUAUAUCUAACAUCUUGUUGUCUAUCGAUGAAGUGGACGAGAAAGGGAACAUAAUAAAACGGGAGGUCGUCGAGAUACAAGAAACGAAAGAGCUACCGCCGUCGGAGAAACCGCUGCUAAUUUUAACAUAAAUUUACAUUGUUUUCAGUAAGAGACAUCUCUUGAUACUUGCAUAUAUUUUUAUAUUGUUAUAUACCGCGAUUUUGCACUAGAAAUAACAUGGAUUGUAGGCUCAUACGUUCGUCACUCCUGUUAUUAACUUUAUACAAAAGAAUGUGCGACUAGGAUUCGUGUGCCUUGCUCACAAAGUUUUACUUUGGAAAAAUUUACUUUUCCCCGCCUGUCUUGG